AUGACAACCGUCACUACAUCUCUACGCGACUCGGGAGUGUUCCGCAUCCACGGGCACAGCUCUCACACUUCUACUACAACGUCUACGCCACACUCUACGACCAACGGCGUGUCGCUAGCUGAGCUGGCGGCUCUGGACCACAAAACGUGGCUCUACGAGGACACGACACUCAAGCUCCGCUACCGACUGCGCAAGGCCGCUCUUCGAAACGUUGACGCUCAAAAACGAUACUACGACACAAUUGCCAACCACCGGAAACUGUGUGACUCUCAAGUUCAGAAUGAGUCACGCGAAUUUUACGAGCUAUACAAAAGAAUAAUGGCGCAUGCGGCGGAACCGCGCCCUUCGGUCAAUCCCGAACCCGAGCUGUCGGGCACCCAGGAGAUCGAAGUAUGGACCCAGAUACAGAGACUCAAGGGAGACAAUGGAGUACAGAAGGCCGCAGACCUGCUGCGAACCCGCAACUCGACGGCUCGCCAUGUGUACGUCACCCUCGCAGCUCUCCAUAAGGUGGACACCGACAUGGCUUAUCUGGCCGCGGUGUGCAAUGCAGCAUGUCAGCACAAGGAAGGACAGGAACUAACGACACAGACACGGUCACUACAACAGCCACAGCACAAGCCAACACACAGACAAAACAAGUCAUUGCAUGCAUCGACCCCACGGUCUUAUACUACCGCCACUAACAACACAAACACUACUUCUGCAUCUACCACUCUCCCUACCUCCACCUUCAUUACUCAGGCGCUUGCAUUCCUGAACAACAACUAUAACACAUGCAACUUCUCGAAACUAGAGACUCUCAUUCUCCAGAUUUUCCAGGCGUCGCAUCUGAGCGUCGUCGAUGCAGCCACCACAAUCCUUCGACACCUGGGUCAGUUCUCCUACUUGUGUUCAGAGUGGCUGCAGUUCACCAACUCUCUCUGUGCGCUGGACAAGUCGCAUCUUCACACAAUCGCCGAGUACUAUUUUAGCGUCUAUGUGAAAGACAUGUUGGUGAACCCGGAACAGUAUGGCAUGUGCCAUGAUUUCUACAUCUCGCCAGCACAGAGAUCGCAGAUGAGCUGCAUCCAUGCCAAGCUCGUGGAUCUGAGCCAUGACCCCAGCACCCGAGCCACCAACGCCAUCUUUGGCAAAUUCGCGUCUGGAACGCCUCAGCACCUCGACUACAGAACACACCACAACCCCUCCUACGUGGUCUUGUCUCCUGGAGAGCUCAAAUCACUGGGAAUCUCCUGCCCGCGCAACUUCACAACCUGGCACGUGUUCAACAUCGAUCCCCACACCGUCGCCUUCACCUACUUUUCACCCCUGCAUCAGCUUAUCAGAAACUAUGACACUUCGUCGGAGGACGUAUCUGUACUUCUCGCCCAAGCUUCCGCGAAGGAACUGUCCCAGGGCAACUGGAACCAGGCCCAGGAGUUCCACGAUGCCUCCAUUACUUCAGGGGACAUUGUGGCCCUUCAUUGUGCCCUGGAGGUCCAGCUGGACCAGUACACAACUGAAUGUGAGCGACUAGAGACUGAAGUGUGCCUCUACAAUCGGUCCAUUGAGAGAUUCCGUGACAAGACCUCUCAGCUGGUCAAGGCUAUGGGCACUCUGCGGAACAAGGUGUGGUACGUGACGCAGGUUCGGAACUCUGAGGUUUACGUUCGAGCCUCCUGUGUUGCACAGAAGUUGGCUGAUCCCAAUUCGACGCCUUCUUUAGGCCCGGCUGCCGCCAUGGGCAGCCUUGGAGGACUGGACAGCAAGUUCAGGCGGCCAAGUUCCGUUGUCUCUACAGCCUCCAGAGAAUCCUUCUUCAAAAGGCUUUCUCUUGGGUAUAACAAGCGACGACAGCGACAGAGUAUCGUCUCUCUGCCUUCCGAAAUUACCAUGUUUGCACCUCCUUCGUUUGCUGGUCCAAACAAGUUGUCCGACAGAGAGAGUGAUGCCACGCGACGAUGGCUAGAGGAGCAGCGCAAGCAAAAUCUCUGCCAGGGAGAAGAGCGACUGCACAGAUUCUACUGUGAGGUGGAUGAUCUUUGCCAGCGACUCAUUGCCGAGCUGGCUGCUGGAGGCUCGCCUCUGUUCCCUGAGAAGAGAACCCCUCAAUGCUCUGAAGAUCUCCACCUGUUCUUGGUCUCCAUUGUUUACUCUGACCUUGGUUCUGGGUGGUUUUCUGGAAGUGAGACUGACCAAUGGCUAUCUUCUGAUCUUGUAAAGGCUUGUCUGUCCGUGAAACAUGCCCCUCCAAGAGCUCUGAGACACAGGUCGUCGAUUCUGAGCAUUGGAACUGUGGCGUCCACCGCGGCUGCAACUUCUUGCGAGCAUCUUGGAACGCCCCAGAAGACCUGUUCCAGUCCCACUGAAUCGUAUUUUUCCAUGCGACCCAACGCCCAGGGUGGUGCCUUCAGGCUGACACUUCCCCCGUCAGCUGCCACUAGCGCCUCCAGUGCACCGAUCACGCCCGUUAAAGUGAACAGCUCCAACGGAACAGCAGGAGCUGGUGCGCAGAACAUGGUCUCUGCCACAGCUACCCCGUCGCCUCUGCCUCCUACGUUUAAACUCACGCUUCCCAACACCCCCAGUGCUGCAGUAGAGGCUCGCCUGCCCGAUGGAAUUCCCAUUUCCAUACCCUCGUGUAUCACUCCAGUGAUUUCCGGUGCGAUUUGCAGCAACACUCUGUCUGCUCCAUUCCCCUACGACCGGGCCUACAGUGAGAUUCUGUCCAAAUUCUCCACUGUCACUUCGCCUCAUGCCAAGAUGCAGUGCCUAUAUGAGCUUGAAACACUGGUUGUUGCCGCUCUGACUGCUGGCACGCGUUCUGAUCCUGGAGCCGACGCCAUUGUGGAGGAGCUGCAAAGUCUUUUCCGCUCCGAUUUGCGUCCCAAGACCCUAUUCAGAGAUCUCCAAAUGAUUGCAGCUUUUGCACCGCUCGACAAUCUGGACCUGUCUUACUCUGGCAAGAUGUUCUGGGACGUUGUGCUAGCUGCUCUUUCAAUCAAGCACGAGGCUGUGGAAUGCAUUGUAGAGGCAGCUAACGAGAUCUUCCAGUCUACCAGCAGCGACGUUUCUCGCACACAGUCUUCUUUCAACGGCUCUUCACCGCUCGCUGGUUUUGGAAUGAAGGAGUGUGGUGAGCUAUGGACCAUUGCAGCCAAGGAAGGUAACUCGGUGGCUCAGCGGGAACUUGGAAUCAUGCAACUGAGUCACCCUGGUGAGGUCAACCUGUGUGUCAUGCCUCUGACCCGGCUGAAUGAGCUGUUUGAGGACAUGCCCAACUGUUCUACGUCUGAUUUGGACAAGUUGGACCCUACUCGGAUGGCCAUUGUUCGACAUUGGAUGCGAUGUGCCGCCAAGGCUGGAGACAACAUCGCACGAGAAUAUUUGGCACAAGGAGGAGGUUGGUUGUAA